CAUGGAUAAGGCGACCCAAGCACUAGCACGAGGAGUUCCCGAUGGUGUUCCUGAAUCGUAUCGGGCCCUAGCAGAUCACAGUGGCGUCCCUUACGCUACCAUCUUUUAUCGCAAGAACGGCCGACGCUCGAUAGAAGAGAAAGCUCAAAGCCAACAAUAUUUCACCCCAUGGGAGGAAGAAGCCCUCGUUAAAUUUCUCCUACAGAUAUCUGAUCUUAGACAACCUGUGCAAGUGAAGUAUAUUCCCGCACUAGCCUUCUGUCUAAAAGCUUUCGAACGGCGUUAUCUAAAGGUCGAAGCGAGACGAGUUAGCGCGCUAGAAUGGAACCGCCAUAAGAAGAACACCUAUGGGAAGAUAAUACACUAG